CUCCUUCACAAAAUGGGCGGCCAAGAUGUAAACACUUGAUCCCGAAAUUUCACCGGCGGUGGCCAGAUACCAUACGCCUCCUCACUUCACUCCCUCGCCUCUUCAAGCAGCUCGUAAUCUCUUUGGAUCCGAAACCCGCUAUGAAAUCAAGAGCACCCGAUUCCCUAAACGUUCCAAUGUCGACCGAGGACGAUGACGACGACUUCCAAAACCCUAGCCAAGCCGUCGCCGUUGCCCAAAAUCUCAUCUUGUCGUCCCUUCGAAACCCUAAUUUCUCCCAACCGUUGAGGCCUUCGAACGGAGCGCCGCCGCCUCGAAAGAGGCAGAAACCCUCGGUUUCAAAUGGAAAGGAGAAUCGAAGAGCUAGGCGGGUAUCAAAGUCCGAUUCUUCUAGGGUUUCUAAUGUGCGCGGUCUUGAGAUUUCUAAAUUUAGCAAAGAGAACGGGCUUAGCGAUGAGACAUUAAUGCAAAAUUCUAGGGUUUCUCAUGAGAGCAAGGAAGUGGGAGACGAGAAGUGUCAGCUUCUGGGGCCAAUUGGAUCUGGGUUAGGGUUAACCCAGUCUAGCCCUUCUUCUGAUAUAUGCGUUUCCUCUACUUUUGAGCUAACAGGUCCUGCUGCUAUUGAGUCCAAGGAGAGGGAUGAGGUCAAGGAGGACAUUUUAAGGUCAGAAGAAUUGAAGACCAUGGAGAAUUGUGAAAAUGUGCAGUUUGACAUCAACACACACUCUCCUCUUGAGGUGGUCAGCAGUUUGAAAGAAGAAAGAGGAAGCUCUUCCUCAAUGUCAAUCGAGUCGAGGCUGCUGGAAUCGAAAGCUAAGUUGUGUUCAACAGAUGCUGGAGAUGCUUUUAGCAAUGCUGAGUUGAGACAGAAGGAGAAAGAUCCCAAAUCAAUGGAAUAUUUUGAGGGGUGUCAGGAUAAAAUGUGUUCAAAGAUAGGAAAGGCUAGUUAUUACUCUAUGUCAGUUGAAUCUAGGUUGUUGGGGUCGAGGGUGAAGUGUGAUUCAUCUGAUGCUGUAGAUAGUCAUAGGGAUUUGGAGCUGGGGACUCAGCUUAAUGUGUUAAUGGAUCUUUGUUGUGAAAUUGGAGAAGGUGGCUCAAGUGUUAGUGAUUUCUCAUUUGAAAGGAAUGGUUUAUACAACGAUACAUUUGAGAUGGACAAGGAUGGGUUAGUGGAAUGUCCCUUAUGCGGCGCUAAUAUCACUUAUUUGAGCGAAGAGCAGCGACAAGUUCACACAAAUGAUUGCCUUGACAAAGCUAUGACAACUGAGAAAGAAUGUGCUCUUUACAGAAAGCUCUUUGAGAAGCCUGUUAGACAGUUUUCCUAUUCUGGGUUGCCUUUACCUAUUGCAGUAAAAGGAGAGACUUCAUUGUUUCAUUAUGCUUUGUUCCUGGCUGCUGAAAUAAAUAAAACUGACUCUCCUCAACAAGUUCCCGAUGUCAAUCCUGUUCUCGAAUGGCUACGGACAUUGGGUCUCUCUAGAUAUGAAGAAGCUUUUAUCAAGGAGGAGGUUGAUUGGGAGACCCUUCAAUGGCUAACUGAAGAGGAUCUUCUCAGUAUAGGGAUUGUAGCACUUGGACCGAGAAAAAAAAUUGUACAUGCACUCAAUGAGCUCCGGAAAAAGAAUAAUCAUGGCUAUGGCAUAGAAAGAGACAACUGCAUCACGACAAUUGAUGAGAAAACAAAAUCAUCGAUACCUGGGAACAAGUUAAUUACGGAAUUUUUUCAAGGUCCUGCUAGCAGUAGGGGACCUUGCAAGCUCAGCGAUGCUCCGCAUGGGGUAGAGAAAACCAGUAGGGGUUCAGUUCGUAAGAGGGCUGGCCCUAGAAGUCACGUCAACAUGGGAAAACAUAGAGAUAUACCCCCAUGGUGUACCAUAGCAGGAACAUCAUUUCGAGUGGUUGACUGCUGUAUCACGCAUGAAGAGGACUCUGCCAAGGAUAUCUAUAGAAAUAUGAAAGUAAUCGGAGGCUGCCAAAGCAGGGAUCCAACUAAAUUUGUCGCUGCAUGUUUAUACCUAGCAUGCAAAGCGGACGAGGCACCUCGAACAUUGAGGGUGUUGCUUGUAUUGGAGAUGGGGGAAGCUACAGAUAAUAACAUCGCCCAGGAGAGCCAAUUUAUCCCUGAUCAGUUAAAGGAUGCUGGUGAGCCAAUGGACGCCUUCCGUUUUCUAAGAGCAGAUUGUUCUCACUGGUUUCUGACACAUUUCCAUAUGGAUCAUUAUCAAGGUCUUACAAAAAACUUUUGCCAUGGAAAGAUAUACUGUUCUGCUAUUACAGCACACCUUGUGAAUAUGAAGAUUGGUGUACCAUGGGAAAGGCUUCAAAUAUUACCCCUAAACCAAAAAAUUACGGUUUCUGGUGUUAACUUGACUUGCUUAGAUGCGAAUCACUGUCCCGGAUCAAUUAUUAUUCUUUUUGAGCCACCCAAUGGUAAGGCUGUUCUGCACACUGGGGAUUUCCGGUUUUCUGCAGAAAUGGCAAGCUCAGCUGUUUUGCAGUCAUGUCAUAUCCACACACUUGUCCUUGACACUACCUACUGUAAUCCACAGUAUGAUUUUCCAAAGCAACAUGCUGUAAUUCAAUUUGUCAUCGAAGCUAUUCAAGCAGAAGCUUUUAACCCAAAAACUCUCUUUCUGAUCGGUACAUAUACUAUUGGAAAAGAGAGGCUGUUCCUGGAGGUUGCUCGACUACUAAAAAAGAAAGUUUAUGUUGGGGCUGCUAAGCUGCGCUUGCUUAGAUGCUUGCAGCUUCCUGAGGAGGACAUGCAAUGGUUUACAGCAAAUGAGAAAGAAAGCCACAUUCAUGUCGUUCCCAUGUGGACAAUAGCAAGCUUUAAACGGAUGAAGCAUUUAUCUCACCAGUACUCUGGUCACUUCAACCUAAUAGUGGCAUUCUCUCCAACUGGUUGGACAUUUGGAAAAGGAAAGAAGAAGACUCCUGGGAGAAGAUGGCAGCAGGGUACCAUCAUCAGGUAUGAAGUCCCAUAUAGUGAACACUGCAGCUUCACAGAACUGAGAGAGUUUGUUCAAUUUAUAUCUCCAGAGCACAUAAUCCCCAGCGUAAACAACCAAGGUCCUGAAUCUGCAGAUGCCAUGAUUGCUCUCCUAACGUCCGAUCGAUAAAACCCAGCGAAUUUUUUCUCUUAUGAGCCCAGGUCUUGCUCAUGUUUCAAGUGCAUUGAAACUAAUACUUGUGAAAGUUCAGAGAACAAAGAAGUCAAUUGUAACGAAACCGGAGAGAGCAGAAUGAGUUCCUAACUGAGUUUUAUGACAGCUUUGAAGAAGUGAAAGGCUUGAGCAGUAAUUUAAGUUAAGCCUUGUUGUAUAUUCAUCAUAAUUUAUGUGCAAUUUGUGGCUCUAUACUUAAAUAUUCUUGUCAUGCAUAUAUAUGCCUCGUGCAAUUUUUAUGUAAACAUUGUUUAGCAUUACUCUGUAUAAUGCUCGAAUGUUUAUGUAGUUACAAAAAGGUUUCUUAUUCUUGCUUGUUGAGUUCA